GGCUCCGACCUCAGGCGGCGGUGACGCGAUGUGGUGCGAGGAGGCGGAGUCACUGACACGCACAAACACUCACACACACUCUCACACACAGGGAGGAGAAAGGAGUUAGAGUCGUGAGCAGACACGGAGCGGCCAAUUUAACCGGCCGCCGACUAACCUUGAGACGGUGAAGGAAGAGCCGAGCCGCGGGCGAGUCUGGUCCCCGAGCAAUGGCCAGGCGCAGGGUUGUCCUGGUAACGGGAGCCAACAGUGGCAUAGGUUUGGCACUUUGUGAACGCAUACUAUCUGAAGAUAACCAGAUACAUCUGUGUAUGGCAUGUCGCAACAUGCAAAAAGCUGAAGCUGCUAAGUCUGAACUUCUUCUGACACAUCCUGGAGCUGAUAUUAGCCUUUUGAAAGUAGAUGUUGGGAAUGUUAAAUCUGUUAUCAAAGCGGCAGAAGAAAUAAAGCAAAGGUAUCAGCAUGUAGAUUAUCUCUACCUGAAUGCUGGAAUUAUGCCAAAUCCUCAUUUCAGUUUGAAAGCCUUUCUAAGUAACCUGUUGUCCAGAAAAGUUUUCGUCAUGUUUCAAACUGGGCAGGGAUUGCUCACUCAAGAAGAUUGGCUUACUGAUGAUGGACUACAGCAAGUCUUUAUGACCAAUGUCUUUGGUCACUUCUUACUGAUUCGCAACCUGGAGCCUGUACUCUGUCAAGCUGAUUGUGUGUCACAUGUAGUUUGGACAUCUUCUAGCAAUGCAGGGAAAUCUGCCUUCAGUCUGACAGACUACCAGCAUAGUCAAGGCCAGGAAUCAUACAGUUCUUCUAAAUAUGCAACUGAUCUACUUAGUGUAGGUUUGAACAAGCACUACAAUAACAAGGGUCUGUUUUCUAGUGUGGUCUGUCCAGGUCUUGUUUUGACUAAUUUGACCUAUGGUAUCUUUCCUUCUUUCUUCUGGACAUUAAUUACACCCAUUAUGUGGCUGAUUCGUGUAUUCAUAAAUUCGUUUACACUGAGCCCUUACAAUGGAACAGAAGCAUUGAUCUGGUUGUUCUCACAGAAGCCGGAAUCGCUGGACCCAAUGAAGAAAUAUCUCAGCUGUACAUCUGGAUUUGGGAACAAUUACGUAACCCUGUGCAAGAUGGACAUCAAUGUUAUAACAGCUGAAAUAUUUUAUCAAGAGUUGUUAAAGCUUCAAGUCCAGAUGGAAGAAAAGAAUAAAGUUGGUGACUAUCGUUAAAUACUGUAAUAUUCUUAACAUUGCACACAACAUUUCCUAA